UGGUGAGCUCGAUCAACCUCGUUACCAGAAAAUUGGGACCCCAGAAAUGUCUUUCCGCCCUUUCACCCCCGACUCCGGUCGCCAAUCGCCCUUCAAACGCCAAAACAGCAGCGCAUCCUCCACCGGACGGGCCAACACACCGACACCUGCCAGUCCCUCCAAACUCUCGAAUACAUCUCCGACCAAGGCCAGCUCCCUCUCUCCCGAGAAACCGAUUCCAUUUGGGCGAAGACCAUCACAAAAUAGCCAGACAGCUGCACGUCCCUCGAGCCCUUUUGGAAGGCCUGGUAGCAGUCUGAGCAUUACCACAUCUCCGUCGCGGCCGAGCAGCUAUAUCGGUGGACGUGAGGAGCUCUCAGGUCUGUCACCAAGACCAGCAAGCAUAUCGCCGGCUCCAGAGGCGAGUGGAUAUCCGUCGCCUUUCGAUGGGCCAGCUCUUGACACACCCUCCAUCCCCGCUCCAUCCCCAACAAACUUUCGCUCAACUAUGACGACAACACCACAGCGAUCGGAAAGAGCACUCAGCAACACGUCGACAAUCAAAGCGCCCAGCUUCACCACUAAGCCGGCAUCAACAGCGCCUAGGCUGGGGAAUGGCAUUUCCGGGUACAAUCAUGUUCCCCAGGCUUUGCUUCGCAGCAUGCGAGAGUCUUUUGAAGUCCUCGACUCUUCCAACACAGGCUCCAUAAGCUCUGCUUCGGUAGCUUCAAUGUUGGAACAGAUGGGGCUGCCCAAUACCCCGGCCGAUGUGCGAGAGUUCUUCCCGCCAAAUGGACCCGCACAGUUGAACUUGGCCCGAUACCUUGACACCCUCAGCGCUCCGUUUUCAGAUCUCAGUCAGACACACGAACUGGCUGCCGCUUUCUCCGCGUUUGACGUCGAUGAUUCUGGGCAAAUUGAUGUUGCACAGUUGCGGACGGCUCUGUUGAACACUGCGCCAGAGCCGGGAGAGCAGAUGGAUAAGCUGAGCGAGAAGGAGAUUGACGGCAUUCUGGGAGAGUUCGCAGGACGGAGGGCUUUUGGUGCAAAGGGGAUGCAUGCUGCGAAAGGGAAGGGCGAGGUGUUUCGAUGGCGGGAGUUCAUGGGUACUAUCAGCGGCGGGGGAGGAGCAGAAACACAGGAGCGGACUUCUGUCGUCUACUAGUUCUACGGGUUAUGUCCAAUGCGAUCCUAUGUUGCGCUGGCAAGAAUGAACACAUCAUGUCACAUCACGUGAUGACGCGGAAAUUUCGUGAAUCCCGCCUGGGGCUGAUGCCAAUGUGAAUG